AUGGGACGCGCGCGCGCGCGCGCGCGGGCCGCCUGGCGCGCCCUGGACGACGUCGCCGUGACGGACGUCGACGCGUCGGCCGCGCGCGCGGCGGCGGGGAAGACGAACGAGGCGUUGUUUUACAUUGACGACGGCGGUGGCGGCGGCGGCGCGAAAGACGGCGUCGACGGCGUCGGGACGCGAAAGACGGCGCGCGCGCGGGCGCGGGCGCUGAAGAUUGACGGGGCGCUGAUAAAGGCGGCGCCGGGGAGGACGUACCCGACGCCGGUGGCGAUGCGAGCGACGAAGCGGGGGCCGCCGCCGGGUCGCGCGGCGGAGGCGACGAAGACGGCGAAGACGGUGACGAAGAUGGCGGCGGCGAGGAAGGCGCGGGGGGGUGGGAAGAAGAACGAUGACGAUGGUGAUGGUGCGUUUGAUGUGUGGGCGAGUAAAGCGCCGAAGGCGCGAGGGAUUAACAAGGCGGCGAAGAAGUUGACGGCGCCGACGACGAACGCGAGGGCGGUGACGCACGAGCACUCGGGGUGCUCGUUUAACCCGCCGAAGGACGCGAGAGAAGACGUCGUCGCGGUGGCGCUCGCGAAGGAAUUCAAGGCGAAACAGGCGAAAUAUCUUGACCCGGUGACGGUGCCGGUGUCGAACGCCGUCGCGGCGCGGAACAUGGUGAACGAGUUGUAUUUCGAGAGCGGAUUCGGCGACGACGAAAGCGACGAGGAAGGCGACGGCGGGGGACGAUUGAGCGUGAACCCGGCGGUGAAGAACGAUAAACUGAGCAAAUCGAAGCGGAACAAACUGAAGCGCCGCCAAGAGGCUGAGGCUGAGGCCGAGGCGAACCGCAAGGCGAAGCAGCUUCGCCACGAGCUCAGCAACCUAAAGGCGCUGAAAAAGGAGAUCGAGACCGAGGAGGCGGAGCGCCAGGCUAAACUCGCGCGACGCAACGCAGUUCGUGCCGAGCGAAGAGCGUCGCAACCGGCGCGGUUGGGUAAGCAUCGACACACCGAGCUCGACGCCGACGUGCGCUUCGCCGACGAGCUCGACGGCGGCUCGCUCCGCACGCUCAAGGGCAACGCUUCUCUUCUCCAUGAUCGACUCAAAUCGUACGAACGUCGAGAACUGAUAGAACCCAGGCGCAAGGUUGAGCGCAAGAAGGCGUCGGCGGUGAUCAAAUACGAACCCGGCGCUCGAGGCGAACGCGAACUCGAGCUCAACGACGAAACAACCAAGACGCGCGAGCGCAUCGUCGAGCUCAAGCGCGAAAUCGCCGCCCGCGAGGACGCAGACGCGUGA